AUACAGAAAACAGCAGAACAAAAGAUGCAUUAUUCAUUUAUUUGCAGUAGUAUUAAUAUACAACACAACACAGAAUGAUAACGGUUCAUUUAUUGACCAAGUGUUAAAGAUGCAUGAGAGAAGUGAAGGGAGGAAGCAGAGGAUAUGGAAUGCUGCUUCACGAGCGUGUCAGACAUUUUAGGACAGAGAUCUCUUUCUUUUUGAGGACACGUCGCUCCACAACACAAUAGAGAAGGGGACAGAUGAACAACAACUAGAUGCAGAGAUUUCACUCUCUUUUCUGAGUUCCCCCAUUGGAGGAGUGCCCAUUUUUUAGGGUUCUGCAACUUUUGAACUGCUUUUUUCUUUCGAGAAUUUGAUUAUACCAAGAAACUGAAGCCAAUGGGGAGAGCCACAAGGUGGUUUAAGAGCUUGUUUGGGAUCAAGAGAGACAAAGAGCGCAGCCAUAAUUCAAAUUCUACCACCAAGUUGUGGGGUUCUUCUCAUUCGCGCUCAGAUUCCGGAGUUUUGUGUCACAAUCCAGCAACCAUUCCACCCAACAUUUCUCCUGCAGAGGCUGCUUGGCUGGAGUCCUUCUACUCCAAAACAGAGAGGGAGCAGAACAAGCAUGCCAUCGCAGUAGCUGCCGCCACAGCCGCAGCAGCCGAUGCAGCAGUGGCUGCCGCUCAGGCCGCGGUGGCAGUUGUGAGGCUAACUAGCCACGGAAGAGACAGCAUGUUUGGUGGGCUUGAGAAGUUUGCAGCUGUGAAGAUCCAAACCGUUUUUAGGGGAUUCUUGGCAAGGAAGGCAGUAAGGGCCUUAAAGGGUUUGGUGAAGAUACAAGCCAUUGUGAGAGGGUACUUGGUGAGGAAGCAAGCAGCAGAAACGCUGCAUGGUAUGCAGGCUCUUGUUAGAGCUCAGGCUGCAAUUCUCUCUCACAAAUAUGGCCGCGGACUCAGACACAUAAGGAAUGAUGCUUAUUGGUUGCCUACACAAGCAAGAAGAUCCUUGGAAAGGUUUGAUGAGACAAGGAUAGAGUAUAGAGGUCCAAGCGAGAGCAGAAGGCUAUCAUCAUCAUUUGAUGCAACAAUGAAUAGCAGCUAUGAUGGCAGCCCAAAAAUAGUGGAAGUGGACACUGGCAAGCCUAAGUCAAGGUCUCGAAGGACCAACAUAUCAAUGUCUGAUUUUGGGGAUGACCCUUUGUUUUCAUCUCCCUUGCCAGUCCCGUGCCGCGAUUGGGGACUAGUGGGGGAAGAGGGAAGGUCGUGGACGGCGCAGAGCACGCCGCGCUUGAACAGUUGUAGUUGUGGUGUUUUCAUGGAUAGUAGCUUGUUGAAGGGGCAACAAGGUCCGAAUUAUAUGGCUAAUACAGAGUCAUUUAAGGCGAAAAAGAGGUCUCAGAGCGCUCCAAGACAAAGGGGAGAGGCAAGUCCAAGUCCAAGGAACAGUUUGAGUGGGGUUGGGAUGUCCAAGAUUCAUUUAAAGAAUGCUGUCAUGGCUAAGCUUGAAAUGUCAGCAGAGUUUUGUAACCCACACAAGAUGAGACACAGAUAGCUUUUCCUUUCUAACACCCAUCAUUAGCCAAUACUUACUCAACAUCAUUGGAUGCUCCCCAUUGCUUUGCA